AUGAAAGAUGUGAAAGUCAAGGACACCGUCAUGGUAUACGGCUACAAGGCCACAAUAGAACACAUAGAAGAGGUCCCAGGGGGAAAGGCUUCCCCCGAGACGAGAAAAAUUUACGCAGCGAAGUUCAGCGAUAGAGAUGGCUACACAGAUGGUGUGUACAAGAACGAACGGGUGUUCACUCCGGAAGAUGGAGCCCUCGUCGUGUUCUGUUCGCGCGAUUCGAUCAGACCUUUCAGUGAAAACGAAAGCGCAUGCAUAAGAAUUCAAAGGGUGUACAGGGGACACAGAGGCAGGAAGGAAUUCCACUCCUUGGUCUCCUCCCUUGUGUGGAGAAAAUUUGAACACCUGCACGAAAAUAUGACUCUCCACAACCAUGACGAAAUCUACAAGCCCCUCAUCAAAGCAAUAAACGAAGACAUAAAGAAUGGCAAGAUUCAGUUCACCUCGAAAUGCUUUUCCAGUAAUUCGAAUCAGUUCUCUCGCAUCUCCACGACGUCCUACGAGUCCAACUCCUACGACGAAAACGUCCCCAAGCUGAAGGACAAAAUCGACAGAGCCUUCGCCCAGGAGCUCUUCCACUUCUUUUUAACGACGAAGAAUUACCUCCUCCCAAACAACCUGGUGUUUAAGAUCCUCAUGAAGACGCAGAAGAUGCUGGAGGAGAACAUUAAGAGCUCCGUGAUACACGUGGACAUGACGAAGAAGUCUAAGGAUACGAAGUUAAUCAUUCUGGGAGACGUGCACGGCCAGCUCAACGACGUCCUUUGGCUAUUUAACCGAUUUGGCUUACCGUCCUCCAACAACAUCUACAUCUUCAACGGAGACAUCGCCGAUCGAGGAGAGAACGCCACGGAAAUUUUCCUCCUCCUCUUCACCUUCAAGCUAAGCAAUUACGACAGCGUCAUAAUUAACAGGGGGAAUCACGAAUGCUCCUACAUGAACGAGGUCUAUGGUUUUUAUAACGAAGUCCUCUCCAAAUACGACAGUUCCGUCUUCGAUCUCUUCCAAGGGGUAUUCGAGUUGCUUGGCUUGGCCGUAAACAUUCAGAACCAAAUCUUCGUGGUACACGGCGGGCUGAGCAGGUACCAGAACCUAACAGUUCAGGAGAUCGAUGAGCUGGAUAGGAAGAAGCAUGAAAUCCUGCACCCGGAGAAGUAUGAAGACACCGUCAUCUUCGACUUACUAUGGUCUGACCCCCAGAAAAAAAACGGCAUUGGAGGAAACGCACGAGGGAACAACUGUAUCACCUUCGGGCCAGACAUCACAGAUAUGUUUCUGAAGAAAAACAAUUUCGACAUUUUAAUUCGAUCGCAUCAAGUGCCAAAAACGUUGAAGGGCAUUGAGAGUCACCAUGAGGGAAAGUGCAUUACCCUCUUUUCCGCCUCCAACUAUUGCAAUAAGAUUAACAAUCUCGGGGCAGCCAUUGUGUUCAACCAAGACCUAACCUUCGAGGUGCAGGAGUAUAUGUCGCCCUGCCUGGAAGUCAUUCGAGAGACCUUCGAGGAGAACCAGAAGCUCCGCGAGAAGGUUCUUAACUCGUCGAAGAUAGUGGACCUGGAGAAAAAUAUGCAAAGGACCACCGACAAAAUCUCCACGGAGGGACAAAUGAAUGACAUUCUGAACUGCCUGAGCACGUUGAUCUGCCAUGAGAAAAACUCCCUCUGGAGUAACCUCUACACGCAGGACAAGGACAAGACGGGCACGGUGCACAUAAACAUAUGGAGGGAGGAGCUCGAAAAGCUGAGCGGGUCGAAGAAGGUGCCCUGGAUAUACCUCUGCAAGAAACUCAAGAUGAUCGAAGACAACAAGGUUCACUACAACAGCAUACUUAACAGAUUCAAGAUCAAUUAUGAACCCAGCAAGAAUUUUAUCAAUACGGAGUGGAAGAGUGAGUGCUUCGAGCAUCUGUAUGAGGCGUUACUCAAGGCAGACUUGAGUUUACGCGAGACCCUCAUGGUGUUCGAUAAGAACUUGGAUGGGAAGGUCUCCUUUGGAGAGUUCGAGCAGGUGCUGAAGGAUCUCAAGAUAGAUCUCUCCAACGAGCAGAUCCGCAUCCUCGUCAGAUUGAUCAAUAGCAACUCCCUAUGCAACAAAGACAGCGCGCAUGAGAAUGACAAAAUCGACGUCGCAGAGUUUAUUGGGAAAAUGCGAGUGUGUUAUCGAUUGGCAAUAAAUAAGGAAUACAUAAAUAACGAGAAAAUUCGGAAACUAAUCGAGACCAUCGGCAAGCAUAUCCUGGCUGACAGUGCAGACACAGCUAACUUCCACUAUAAAUUUUACGAGGAAAAUGAGAGGGGUGGAUCGGAGAGGAGGAAGAGGUCCAGUGUGAUAAAAUCUGUUGCCCUGUUUCAGAAGUUUAAGAACUACGACAACUUUGGGAAUGGCUACCUCGAUUACGACGACUUCGUGCGGGCGAUCAAAAAUUUCGACAUGAACAAGAUCAGCCAGGAGGUGGAGUUCGACGUGGACGACGAAAUUCUGAUGGAGCUAGCCAAAUCCAUAGACAUAACAAAGUCGUCCAAGAUCAACUUCCUGGAGUUCCUGCAGGCCUUUUACGUUGUGAACAAGAGCAAGUAUUCCUACGUGGACGAGAUCUGGUGCCACAUAUGCACCGUGAUUUACGAGAACAAAGUGGCCCUGAAGAAAUGCAUGAAGUACCUCGAGGACACCAUGCAGGGGAAGAUAACCAGCAUACACUUCCGCUACAUUCUGAUGGAGCUGAACAAAAUCCUUCAGGAGCACAAGCAUGAGAAGAAAAAGCCCCUCACGAACGAGCAGAUCGACCUGCUGUCUUACACCGUGGAGACGGACGACAAAAUAGACUACAUCGAUUUUUUAAACUCCUUCAAGCCAGUGUACUACAUAUGA